CUCACGUGUAGUUAAAGGGGAGAGAGAAACAGAGCAGCAAAGUCGUCAAAAUGACAAAUUUGGACGGUGUUGUAAAGCCGAAAACAAAGCGGUCAAAACGGUUUCUUCAAAGCAGAGAGCCUAAGCUGACUGAGAACUUUAAAAAUGCCAUGAUCAUGAAAGGAGGGAACACAAGUGAAACCGUCACACAAGCUCUGAAGGAUAUCUAUGCCUUGAGGAAGCCGAAUGCUGUGUUGUACAAGAAGAAAAACAUUCUGAGACCAUUUGAGGAUUCUACAUCAUUAGAAUUCUUUUCAAAAAAGUCAGAUUGCUCGUUGUUUUUGUUUGGUUCACACAACAAGAAAAGACCAAAUAACCUCAUAUUUGGGCGCAUGUUUGAUUUUCACGUGCUUGACAUGUUUGAGCUUGGCAUCGAGAAGUUUACAUCUCUGAAAGACAUCAAGAACAACAAGUGUGCAGAGGGAACAAAGCCCAUGUUGGUGUUUGCAGGUGAACUCUUUGACCUCGACCCAGAGUACAAACGCCUAAGGAGUGUUCUCACAGACUUUUUCAGGGGACCCACCGUCUCAGCUGUGCGGUUAGCAGGUUUGGAACAUGUUCUACACUUUACAGCACUGGAGGGAAAGAUAUACAUGCGAAGCUACAGAGUUUUGCUGAAGAAGUCAGGGUGUCGGACACCGCGGAUUGAGCUGGAGGAAAUAGGACCAGCCUUUGACUUUGUCCUGAGAAGAACACACCUGGCGUCCGAUGACCUCUACAAGACUGCGCACAAGCAGCCUAAAGGCCUGAAGCCCAAGAAGAAGAAGAACAUAUCCCAUGAUGCCUUUGGAACCAAGUUUGGGCGAUUGCACAUGCAGAAGCAGAACCUGGAUCAACUGCGGACUCGCAAAAUGAAAGGUCUCAGGAAAAGAAAGGGGGAAACGGUCAAUGGAGAGGAUCCUACAUCAGCCAAGACUGCCAAAACAGACGCCUGACUGACUGACACCUAAUCAUUGUUGGACUUUGUUUGGAUGCAACUGUUCUUACCCAAAGGUCCUGCAAGCUCAAAACAAAAAUGCUGGAAGAAAAUGUUUUGCUAAUGUAUGUUUCCCUUUCUGGCCGGUUUUACUGGCUAUGAGGACUGACGCUUAUUGGAAAACACAUGAGUUUGUUGAGCCUUACAUGUUUAGAUCUUGUCAAACUUCAUCCAGUCAAUCCAGAGAUUUUGUAAACUGUUGGUUGCCACUGAAUAAUUCACCCAUUAAACACAUUUGUACAGUUG